AUGAGCAAUCACACCAGUCUAUCAGGACCGACAGUCGAUAGAGGUGGACCUGAAGAAAAGUGCAGCACAGACGAGGAAGACACAGCUUCAAGACUCAAGCGACGAACGUCAGUUCCCACAAAGAGUAGCCUGCAAAGCACAGCAACCACACUCCCGUCAUACAACGAAGGCUCUGAUCGACCACCUACAUACAGCAACAACAACUCACCUUCCGGCCAACCGAAAUUUACCAGGAAUCCAAGGGCUCCUGCACACGUUCCCACUGCUUCCGGCUCUAGUGGACCUAAUGCCGCAGCCGUUCGCGCCAUGUUUGCACCAUCAGAUCCACGUACAGAUAAAAUGCACACUACACAUCCGAAGAAAGUGGAAGACUAUGAUGAGGAUCCUACUUACAAGGGGAAGCUUGCUCGGAUGACUGGAAGUACAAGCAAGUGGAAUUAUUUUGGGCAUGAUAUUGAACAGUAUGGCAAUCCUUUCAAAAGCCUGAGAAGGAAGAAGAAGUAG